AUGGCUACCAUAACCCACUGUAUAUCCUUCUCAGCGGUCUUUCUUGCCACGAUCACCAUCCUCUGUGCCGGCCAAGUCACCGCAUCUGACUUUUGUAAAGGUGCAAGUUACAAACCGCUUUGCAGGUCACUUGCAAAGGGAUUUUCCAAUGCAGAAGAAGCUACCAAAGCCAGCAUCAACAAUCUUAUCGUCCAAACAUACCGUGCAAGGGCUAGCGCUAGUAGGCUUGGGAAAGAUCAGAAAGCCCAAACCUGUGUCGAGAAUUAUGAUGAUGCCAUUGAUAGCCUAAAAAAAUCUUUAAAAUUCCUUCAGGCACGCGACAAGGGCAGUGUACGGACCUUCAUCUCUGCGUCAAUUUCUGCUUAUUCGACUUGUACUGAUGCUUACGAAGAGUUUGGUGUUCAUUGUCCUUUCAGCCGCAGCAAUACACUCAUGGAACAUACUGCCUCUAGCUGCUUGUCAAUCUAUAGCAACGUUCGCUGA